AUGGUUUGGGCUGCAACAUUACUCAAAGCGGCGAUUUCGAACUCGCGAAUCAAAUCAACUGAUAACUUAGCUCCGAUCAUCCUGGUGAUCUCAGUUUAUCAGCAUCGUGAUCUUCAUAGAGAUGCUUCGGAUUCCAAGAGACUUCGGCUCGGUGAUGUACCUGCUGCUACAACGGAAGUCGUGGAGGUUGCAGUCAACGAAGACCAUUUUCAAGGAAUAAAGGGAAAGAUUGGGCUAAAGCAUCAGGAGCAGGAGCAGGAGCUGGAGCUGUUCGUGCUAAGUAUCUACGUGCUUUUGCUGCUAAGGUAUUACUCUAUUUGA